GGCUACUUGUUUUGUCAUGUUUAUUUUAUUCAUCAACUACAUCUCCCAUGAAGCUUUGCGGCGUCACCUGACGCUCAGCUGCCUUAACAUCCGCCACAACACAAGACAGUGCCCAAGACGCACAGAAGGGAAAGCACGAACAGGUCUGGUUGCAGCUACGUUUACUCCACUAACCGAAGAAGGUGAAAUCAACAUAAAAGAGAUCGGACCUUAUGUUGACUACUUGACAGAGAGGCAAGGUGUUACAAAGAUAUUUGUGAAUGGCACCACCGGAGAGAGCAUGUCUCUCACUGUCGCAGAGAGGAAGCUCCUGGCUGAGGAGUGGUGUAAGAAAGCCAAGGGCAAAAUGGAUCAUGUUGUUGUGCAUGUCGGCUGCAUGAGUCUUAAAGAUUCCCAAGACCUGGCUCUCCAUGCAGCACAGAUCGAGGCAGAUUCGAUUGCAGUCAUUUCCCCCUCCUUCUUCAAGCCCAAGAAUGCCCAUGCUUUGAGGUCUUACCUCAAGGCAGUGGCUUCAGCUGCCCCAAAUCUGCCUUUCUACUAUUAUCACAUCCCGUCUAUCACCGGAGUUAAUGUGCUGGUGAGAGAUCUGUUGGUCGGCAUUGAGGAGCAGAUUCCCUCCUUCAGAGGUGUGAAGUUCAGCGGCAUUGACCUGAUGGACUUCGGCCUUAGUUUCAGCCUCAUGAAGCCUAACUGGUCUCUCCUCUACGGCGUGGACGAGCAAAUGCUUUCGGGUCUGGUUUUGGGAGCCGACGGAGCAGUUGGAAGCACAUAUAACUAUGUAGGAUGCCAAUUCAACAAGCUGUUAUCAGCAUUUGAGAAAGGCGAACUUGUCGAAGCCAGGACAAUACAGUUCAAGUUGCAAGACUUUCUCGGGUCGGCCAUGAAACUCGGCUUUGAUGUGGGAGUGAAUAAGCAGCUGAUGGUGGAGGUGUCCGGCCUGAGCCUCGGGCCCCCCCGACUCCCGUUGAUGCCGUGUCAUCCUGAUGUCGCUGUGUCCAUCAAACAAAAAUAUAAAAGCAUUUUUCCUCAAUGCUAAUGUUUUCAUACUGGACAGUUGAAAUCCCUCAACGGUUCAACUUUCAAUCAGAUCUCAGUGUUAAAAGACGGAAAAUUUUAUAUUUUAACCAAUAUUCUAAUCUUGGUGUCUAUAAUUUUAUAAAAUUUUAAUUUACUAACUCAUAUUACCCGUGGGGUUUUUGCAAUUUAGUUUUUCUUACAUUUAGAGAAAAGGGACUAUCAAAAAUUAACAGUGUUACUUUAUUAUUCUGUACUGUGAGCUGAAUCUCAUUUGUUUGAGUUCUGUUCUGUCAGACACGCAACGUGACAAAGAAAAUAAAAAACGAGGGCCACCGGAUAGUUCACUGAUUAAAGCUCUCUGCGUUGACUGUUUGACUCCGGCCUGCAGAGGGAUUUGGUAAUUUCAUCUUUCAUAAAUGUAAUCGCACAUGAAACAUAUUUUACAAUACACUAACAUAAAAUAGGCGUGACAGCUUUGUUAUUUAAAGCUGUGGUUCACGUUAGUAGAACGUUUUGCCAUUAAUGACUUCUUCUUCAUAAAUCACAGUUAUGGAAAGCCCUGACCUUAAGCUGGUUCAGGGUUUAAGCAUCAGAUGAAGAAUAAGAAUAAAAGGUGCUCUGAUGUGAACAAUAUUACAUGAAAAGUGAUCACUCCAAAAGUAAGGGAAAAGGGUGUCAUGAAACAUCCUAGUUUUUACGAGGGAGCAUAAAACCUGUUUUGACUUUUGACAUUUAGAGUGUGACUUUUUUUACCAAUCCUUUGUAUUAUUUCUAACAACUAAUCACAAAUGUCUUACUAAUAAAGCCAUUGAUAAUUA